AUGCCGGGCCAGGAAGGCACCGUCCGGGGAGGAGUUCUGCAACACGCGCAACCCCUGCCUCACAACACGCGCCCGCGCGGCACUCCGCUGCUGACGGCAUUAGAACUCUUAAGGUCGCAAAAUGAGACGAAGAUUCCCCCAGGAGUGUGGGGAACUCACAGGCCUCCAGCAACUGUUUGUCCAGAUGCAGAUGAAGUUAACAAGAUCCUUGCUCAAAGUAACCUGCGAUAUCCAGAUUUAUCCCUUUCUCCUAUUGUUGUAGAUAAACCAAGACGACAAGGAGUGGAUGAUUUCUACUAUGCUUGCCAGCUCUUUAGAGAUCAAUAUAAAGACAAUACUGGGAAGUUGCAUCCUCUGGAUUACUUCCAAGAUUCAGAAAUUAUUUGGCAGUGUCCUCCUAACAUGACCACAGCCUACAUAAAACAGCCAGUUUGUUACCCUCGCUACCUGAAACCACCAGUACUUGCAAGAUCACUACCCCAUUCUGAAGAGUGGCCAUCGUUGGCAACACAGUCUCUUGCUGGCAAAGCCUAUCGUCAUCAUGAUACAGUCUAUUUG